GGCAAGGGCGGCGGCUUGGGGCUUCCUUUUGUUUCACGGAGGCUUCGUGAGGAAACACCGUCGUCUUUAAACCGCCGCCGCCGCCGCGCGAUCCUUGGGUCACCGCGAUGCCCAGGGAAGACCGAGCCACGUGGAAAUCCAACUAUUUCCUCAAGAUCAUCCAACUCUUGGAUGAUUAUCCAAAAUGUUUCAUCGUGGGAGCAGACAACGUGGGUUCCAAGCAGAUGCAGCAGAUCCGCAUGUCGUUGCGCGGGAAGGCUGUCGUCCUGAUGGGGAAGAACACCAUGAUGCGCAAGGCCAUCCGGGGACAUCUGGAGAACAACCCUGCUUUGGAGAAGCUUUUGCCUCAUAUCCGUGGCAAUGUGGGCUUUGUGUUCACCAAGGAGGAUCUGACUGAAAUCAGGGACAUGUUGUUGGCUAACAAAGUGCCAGCUGCUGCUCGUGCCGGUGCCAUUGCCCCCUGUGAUGUGACUGUGCCAGCUCAAAACACUGGCCUGGGCCCUGAGAAGACCUCCUUUUUCCAAGCUUUGGGCAUUACCACCAAGAUCUCCAGAGGCACCAUUGAAAUCCUGAGUGAUGUGCAGCUGAUCAAGACUGGAGACAAAGUGGGUGCCAGCGAAGCCACCUUGCUGAACAUGUUGAACAUCUCCCCCUUCUCCUUUGGGCUCAUCAUCCAGCAGGUGUUUGAUAAUGGCAGCAUUUAUAAUCCUGAGGUUCUGGACAUCACUGAGGAUACCCUACGUGGACGUUUUCUGGAAGGUGUCCGCAAUGUUGCCAGCGUCUGCCUGCAAAUUGGCUACCCAACUGUUGCCUCUGUGCCCCACUCCAUCAUCAAUGGGUACAAGCGAGUCCUGGCUGUGGCUGUGGAAACUGACUACUCUUUCCCAUUGGCUGAAAAGGUGAAGGCCUUCCUGGCUGAUCCUUCAGCUUUUGUGGCUGCUGCCCCGGUUGCGGUUGAAACCGCUGCCCCGGUUGCUGCAGCCCCAGCCAAGGUGGAAGCCAAGGAAGAAUCGGAAGAGUCGGAUGAAGACAUGGGGUUUGGUCUCUUUGACUAACUUGCUGGUUUUGUCGUCCUCCAGUUGGAGUAGAAAGAAAAGGAACAAAAUAAAGUACUACUUUAUCAGUC